AUGUCCAACAACAAGUCGAACCACCCCGACGCCCACUGCUCGCGUGAGGACCAGUCUCGCCUCCCGGAGAGUUUCUCCUUGGGAGAGCUGGGCGACUGGAUCCCAGCUAUAUAUGGACUGGAGGAUGGAGAGCCUAUCCCGAGCUUAGUGAUGGCGAUGGACACGGCAACCCGAGACUUGGCCUAUACACUGGGGCGCCGAGUGCAAGGAGAUACUCGAGCGAUCGCCUGGAGUCAAGUAAACCAGCCGCCCACGCCGGUACUGAGGGAUGUUCCUCUUAUGCCAGGUAUGACACAAGACUGGCUUCCCAACGGAGGACGCGUAGUGGCGCCUUGGCAAUCCAUCGAUCCGCGACCGUAUCAUGCCCCUCCGAGCGUCACAUUCCGCUUCACCGCGCCUGCGCAGCCACCGCCCGGGAUGAAUGUUCGUCAGUACUUUGGCGAACACUAUCAUCCGCGCUUUCCUCGCCAAGCAGUGUACUGGCCCAGCGCUCCGUGGCGCGCCCUUACGUACGAAGCAGUGGGCGACCUUGCUAGGACGAUCGUCUUCGAUUUUGACGGCGACCGGCAUCGCAUUGUCGGCACCACGGAUCGUGCAGUCCUACUCCCAGGAGCAUUAGCGGCCAUAUUCGUGUCAGCGAGGGAGAUCCUGGCCCUCGUCACAGGAGCCGAAAUGCUAUUGCAGCCCUUUGGUCUCCGAGCGCCGGCGCCGCUGCCAGUCACACGCGGCGAGGACUUGCUUCACGAGCGUGGGGCCGUGCAACUUUUGAACGACAUUGACGAUUGGCGCACUGAGAUGGUGUCAAUGCUCAGCUUUGUACGCAUGGCAGCGGAAUUCCUGCCAGGUCAGGCUCACCGUCUCGCUCCGAUGGGAUGGAUGAACCCAGUGCGCCCGGAGGCAUCAUUCGCAUCAACUCUGGCAUACUGGGGGGCUUCUGAGAUGCCUUUUGUCGGCUUUUCCUUCGACGCCUCUGUUCCAGAGCACGCGCUGCCUCCGUUGCGUUGGCUCGCGAGUCGCGGAGUGGACUACCGAUGGUUCUGGCCAUACGACGUGGGCUUGCACGCACACAUCAUCCCUCGGCAUGUGUGGGCCUUCAACCCUGAUACUUCACCGCACCACAACCGUUCCCCGGCGCCGUUCUACUUGGACGUGUUACGCCAACGUCACUGUGCCGCGGAUAACGACAGGCGAGCGGCUAUCCAGGCAAGGCGCCGCGCCGCGGAACAUGAGAAACAGCGUGCUCGCGAGCGGGCCCCGUAUGCGGAACUGGGUCAGCUCAUUCUUCUGAGGCCUCAGACUCGGAACGAGUUCGAUGCGGUCUUUCGCGAAGGCGCAUUACCCGGGCGCUGGAUCUUAGAAGGCUGGGAACGGGUGGAUGGCCCGCCAGCGAUCGUACAGGCCAUCGAGGACGACUGGAUCACGCGCUUUCGGCAUAUUACCGACUGGCCAGAACGGGGUAACACGACGUUCUUAGGUUGGCUCCAUCCCGAUGGCACCACGGUGUCGCGACAAGAGGUAGCGGACUAUGUGCGGAAGCGCUCGAAAGCAAAGAAGAGACGUGCGGACGAGGCUUUUGAGGCGGACGAGGACGAGCUCGGCGAGCUCGGCCUAGACAUGGGAGGCGGACCAGCCGCCAUUCUGUUCGAACCUCCGCAGGAGGCCGAACCACCUGCAUGGGACCACUUGCAGGGGUCAUCAAACUUCGCGGGUCCUCGUUAUAAUUUCGAGGCUGAUCUUCAGCCGCUCACGGGCGACUUUCCGUCACGAUUCUCGGGAUGGCGCAAGAGGCCGUCGACCAUUAUUCGCAUUCCUCCUCCUGCAACCUCCGCUCAUCCGGGUCCCCGUUCUGAAGAUCGGGAGUCCGUAGCGACGUCUGGGAAGGGCAAGGCACGUGAGCGAGACCCUUCACCUGUCGCACCUGCUGCGGUGUCUUCGUUGCUUCGGGCAGCAUUUCCUAUGGGCGCCCAGGACACGCUCAAUGAUGAGGAGGCUCGGCUGCGUCAAGAGGAAGAUGUGCAUAGAAGAGAACUGCAGGAGAACGCACGUAUCGCGGAACUGUCUCUUCAGACCGCAAGGGAAGAUGUGAGGAGGUGGGAAGCGCGCAAGGGCAAGGCACGCGCAAAUGGGUCUUCGCCCGCCCCGCCGGCCUCAGCGCCUCCGUCGAUUCGGGCCAUCUCUCCCCUAGGGUCCCAGGAUGUUAUGAACAUUGAAGAGAACGGGCUGCAUCAGGGGGAAGACGUACAUAUGAGGGAAUUACAGGAGAAUGAGCGUAUCGCGGACUUGUCUCUUCAGACCGCACGGGAGGAGCAGAGAAGCAGAUGGGAAGAGUCGGUCCGCACAGACGCGUCAGUGGCAGGUCCUUCGAGGCUAGCGCAGUCCACUAGCGGACCCCUAUCGGUGGAGCAGGACAUUGAAAUGGGAGCGCCGCCUCGAGAGCCGCAGCUAUCUGCGUCGCGGGCUACAGUUGCUCUAGCGCCGUGGUCACCACCACGGGAACCGCGGAGCAUGCGUACGGCGCCUCGGGCGAUGAAUCCUCAUCACAAUCGCCACUCAGGCGUAUCGGGGACGGGCACAGCGGAUAACGCUGGGAGUAUACCGGGUCAUCCGCAGUCACUCCAGAGAGGUCAAGCGGGACUGUCACCAGAAAGGCGGAUCCUGUCAACGUGGCGUUCAUUUCCCACGGACUUACGCUCUCCUCACCUACCCGCACCUCCCCAGUCUUCGAGCACAUGGGGCGUACGCACAGGGCCAUCGACGAGAGGAUCGCAAGGCCAGCGCUCAAGCACGUCGAGCGUCCAACGAUACGAUCCACUGCGCGCUCAGGUCAAUCGCAUCUCACAUGCCGAGAUCGUCACUACAACCGCAACACCGCACUCUCGCUGGGCUGGGGGACCGGCGGCGAUCAAUGUUGAGCCGAUGGGUCCUAGACGGGUACAUACGACGCUCCUCCCAUACGUCCCGGAAAGCCCAGUGAGGCGGGCAUUGUCGCAUUCGUCAGUGCAAGCCGUUCCCCGCUUGUACUGGCAACCGCGGCAGCCUGGGGUGGACGAUCUUCCGGAUAUCUCAUUCGUCGAGGGCAUCCGGGCGCUGAUUGGGGGCGGCACAGCGGGCGAGGAUCUCCCAGUUGACAUUGUACGUCCAAACGAAGUCGCGGGCAACAACGCCUACAUCCGUCUCGGCGUGCCAGCCCUCUUGAUGAGGCGCUACGUACAGGUCACUAUCCCGGGCACGACAGUGCGACAGUUCGUCGUCUGGAUGUUGCGGCACGGCACACCGUUCGGCUGGGCACACGUAGCCACGCCCGCGUCUCUUCAUCUCGAAUUACCGAUGCAGUUCCAGUCCAUGGUUCCAACCUUCGAGGAAUGGCAUGGCCGUGUUGCUGCUAUGCUACAGGAGAAGCCAUGGGCUCGCGCAUUUGUUCUCGGAGGCGGUAUUGGCUGGCGCCUUGCGCUCUGGGUCGGCGGACAAGUGUACGCGGAUCAAGUCGCGCUUGGUCCAUCGGUGAGGGCGCGAAGAUAUGGCGAGGAACUGGAUUGGCCUCAGCACUACGUCUGGGAUGAGGCUCCCGGCGAGGCGUAUGAUGUCCUGUCAGGCAGAAGCGGAACUUUCAGCUUGUGGCCGCAUCAGGACGUAUGGGACAGCUUAUUUGGCAACGCGAUUUGGUCGCCCGCGCACGAAAACUGGUUUCAGACUCGUUUAACCGCUCUACAGGGAGAAACAGGGGGGAUGCGCGACCGCGCCAUAGGCGACGGGCAGUGGUGGCACGAGCUGCAUCGGGGACGACGACCGCGCGAACGACGCUCGAUCAGGGAACACACACCGACAACAUGGACCGAAUGGGCCGCACGGGGUGGAGUCCACCUGACGGGCGACCCCGUCAUCUUGCCUAUAGUUGACUUGCCGCUGUAA